AUGCACAUCACCGUCGGCACCGGCUUAUUUACCCUCAUUCUGCCUUCUUUAGGCCACGAUGUCCAAUUCUAUACCGGCAUCCAAUGCCGAGGCGAACGUGUCGGUGGAGCAGUCGGCUUGACGCCAGAUGAUGGUUGUCAGGACGGCAGCUUAUACAGUAUCAACGCUCAAUCAGUCUACAUCGCCCAAGGAGAUACCGAUGAAGACCUUAUAAUCGCCUUCUACAAGGGCGAUAAUUGUCCUCUCGAGAACGCUGUCGCAAAAGGAAACGACGGUGCGUGCCUGAGCGUCGGCGGGGCCUACCAGCAGUUCGGUUCCUACAACGCUAUUCCCAUCAUCCCGGCUCAGUUCCAAGUGAAUGAUAAUCCUUCGAAGCUCCAGCAUGGGGCUUUGUUUGAAGAUGAUGAUGGUAUAGCAGAGAGUGCUUUUAGAGGCGUUCGUGCGGAGGAAUGGUCUUCUACCAUGCGCAUUGCCAACACACAACCUCUGCCCGAGCUUGUCUACAUGCACACCACCAGAGUCGCAGAAGAUCCCAAUCAGAACUGUGCCGAGAAAGAGUGA